GACUAGAGAAAUUUAUUUUUACCGUAAUUUUUAUUGAUCACUCUCUUGAGUUCUAAAAGUUUAAACUGUUGAUUCCGGUACCGAUACUGGAUUAGUCUGAAUCUUAGAAAAUCGAUUUACUAUUACAGUAUUAGGCUUAUUGAGCGUGCCAGAGCACAGGUGUAAAUUUAAAAAAUGAACCUGGUUGCAGAUUAUGACUCUUCAAGUUCAGGUUCAGACGUUGAUCAAAACAAAAAGAAAUCAACUGAUGUUGAGUUAUUAAGCAAACUAAACAAUGAAAAAACUGAACCACCUGUGCUGUUGCCCCAUAUACAAGAGCAGGAAACAGAAAAAAGAGCAAAUGAAACCAAUACUAAUUGUAUUAAACUUCCAUCAGCAAAAUCUGUCAUGAAGCGAAGGGUAUCUUCUGAAUCAUCAGUUCUUGCUACAGAAUACAAAAGAGAACAAGACGAUAAAAACAAAAUUUUAGAGCAACAUGUAAAAAUGGUAACAAACUCGAAAUCAAUUAAUGGCAAGGUCAAUGGCAAAAAGGUCUGUUGGAUGUAUAGAAGAGGUCGUUGUAGACUUGGAAAGAAAUGUAAAAUGUAUCAUGACAGUGAAUUACGCAAAACUGAAGCAGUUGAAAAACCUCCAACAAACAACAUUUCUGAAAUCCCCAAAAACUCUCCUCAAAAGCGAUCAUAUGAAGAAGUAUCACCAGCCGUUAUUGAUGAUGAUGAGAUUCAGCCAAAAACUAAAAUUCAUAAGAAGAAAUUUGGACUAAGUGAUGAUAUUGUUCCCCCCAAAAAAGUUAUUGAACAUUUGGAACGAGUUGGUAAAACCUGCCACUGAUAUUGACUUAUUAUUGCAAUUAUGUAUCGUUUUUAACAGCAUGCCAUUAUCUUCCAAGUUCAGGGUUUUUAUUAUUAAUCAAGAUUUUAUAUAAUAUCCUUUGUACUAGAGCUAAUAAGUUGACGUUUGAACUUUCAAUGUCAGUUGCAUCGAAAUCAUAUUCAUUGACAUUGGAAACUAUAGUUUUUAGCUAUGUUUUUAAAUUAAGAAAAUGAGUCAUCAGUAUCUUAUUUUUGGGACAAUUAUCCGCAAUAUAAGCGAGAAUAGCAAUGUUUUUUCAACUAUUAACCAUGUAGUGAAUUCAAGUAAUCGAUUGUGGUAAAAUUAAUAGACUUACCGGUAGUUUUGAGUUGCCAUCUCUUCAAAAUAAAAUAUUAAAAAAUUGGACAUGGCCGAAAAACGCAGUCAAAAUAAAUUCUAAUCUAUUUGGAAAUCAAGGAUUUUAGUGAAGCAAUUUUCUCCAUCUUGUUGAACACAAUAUUUUAAUGAUACCUAAGAAGUAAAUGUCAUUAGAAAUGGAUUAAGAAUAUUUCAAAUACAAAAUUUGGAAGAGUGACUGCUUUUAUUGAAUUAUAAAAAGCUUGCAGACACUGCCCUGUAAUGAUUGUUUUUAUAUAGUUUUUAAUUAAAAUAUCAUCAGGUUGAUGAUGUAUUGUUGCUACUUGAUUUUAACUGAUGUACUACUCUGUAGAUACUGAAUAAAAUGUUUUUUAAAGUUGAUUCAAGACUUAUCAGUAAUGUGCCUAACUUGAUGUACCUCCUCAACAUCAGUGCCCAGUAUUUAUACAAAUAUUAGUGGUGUUUUUAACUUAUCUACCUCUUUUUAAUGUUGCGUCCGAGAAAAUGCAAAUCAUUCAUGGAAUGAAGUUUACUCGCAGAAGCUAUUUUGUAGGUUGUCUUUGUUGUUGUUAUCAAUCACGAAGCAGGUUCAAAUAAGAAGCUAAUUUGUUCCUGGCGCGUUUUGUUUUCUUUUAUAUCAUUUGCAAUACACCUUCAUUAUUGAUGUUGUUUUUGUAUAUGUCAAUUAUAUUUUAAACCAUUCGUGUUUCACAAUUUUUUUCAUGCCUUUAAAGUACUUGUGUUUUUGUUUUUUGAAUAGACUCCUCUCAAAUAAUGUCUAGCGUAUUUGUUCAUAUUGGACAAUGUGGAAAUCAGAUAGGCCAAGAAUUUUGGCGGAAGACCUCUGUUGUUGCAGAAAAAGAUUUCAAUGUUAAACGCGCAUUUUGCACACCUGGAGGUGCAGGCCGUGAUAAAGAGGGGCACAUGCGUGCCGUAUUUGUUGACAGUGAGAAAAAGGUUUUGCAAAGAUUACUCAAAAGCUUCAAGACAGGAAAAAAGGCCACAUCUUUCCAGUUUGGCUACGCGAAUGUCAUAAGUUGUGCAAAAGGAUGUGGAUCGAAUUGGUCUUUAGGUUACAAUAGAAUGCCAGAAGAAAAAGUCAUGAACCCAUGGUCAACGAAUACCUAUUCUUACUCCCAUGAAUUUGAUUACGGAAGUGAGGACAGCAUAUUGAAAUCUUCCAUGGAAGCUAUACGCCGUGAAGUAGAAGCUUGUGACUCUUUCUCAGGAUUUGUUAUAUUUCAUAGUUUGGCUGGUGGGACUGGUUCCGGAUUUGGUGCAAGAAUUUGCGCGGAGUUGAGAGAUCGAUACCCGGUUGCAUAUCAACUCAGUGUGACUGUGGCACCACAUUCCUCUGGGGAAUGUCCAACCCAACCAUAUAAUGAAUUACUGUGUUUGGCAGGGUUGCAACAAGACUGUGAUGGUAUUAUAAUGUUUGAGAAUGAUGAAGUCUUGGACUCAAUCAGUAGAUCAUCAACUUCUGCAACUAGCGCUGUCUCUCUUACACAAAUGAACUCUUAUAUUGCUGAUUGCAUAUCUAAUUUGCUAAGGCCUGUAUCUAGUCUCACUCCACCAAAUGGUGUCACUGUCGGCAUAGAACCUUGGGAAUUGAUUAGAUCUGUAUCACCAAUGCAUCCUAUGAAGCUCUUAAACUGCAGGACUGUACAGGAAAAACAGAAUGCGAGUCGACCAUCCACAAAGUCUUCAUCAUGGCCAGAAUUAUCUAAAAAGCUUUGCCAGGGAGCAAGAACAAAAUUCUUACAAACGAAAUCACAAUAUGGAAUAGACGAUUCUACAUCAGCAGCAGUAUGUGUUUGUCGUAAUGCUACCAAAAGCAAAAGAAGCGAUACAAACAACAUCGAUGUGGCAAAUCUUGCAUCAAGGCUAAAGAAUUCGUACAAUUGCGUUACCUGGAACCCAUUCCCCAUUGAUGUGUGGGUUGCUGAAAAACCUGAAGUAAAUACAGAUGCAACAAAAUCUCUGACUGUAUGUGCUAAUAUUACUUCACUAGGAACUGUGCACUGUGCUAAUUUGUUGCAUUCUGCCAGACGGAAAUUUGAAGCAAAGGCUUACUUGCACUGGUAUGAAAGAUAUGGGACAUAUCAUAGUGAUUUUGAAAAUGCAUUUGAUAUUGUCCAUAAUAUUGUAAAGGAAUAUGAAAAGGCAGCAGCAUAAUGAAUAAGAUUGCUGAAUAUCACC